UCCGAGUGCCAGCUGAGCGUUGCCUAGCAACAGGAAAGUCUUGAAGUCGACAGGACCUAGGAAUUUCAGAAAUGGCUGCAGAAUCAAUUGGUGGGUUGCUCUAUGGGUACAAAAAUUCCGCUAUAAUACAACCAGAAAGAAACGAUGUUGUGUGGGUAAACAAAAGACACGAUCCUCUGGACCUAAGAAGUAACGCUCCUGUUCAGCGGUCAAAAUUUAUCAGCGGACCUCCAGACAUGGCUGUCGACAAUCAUUGGAAACGCGAAACACAACCUUCGUUGAAGACUUUUUCACGGCAUCUUGAAGAAGAAAAGUGGUAUCCUUCUACUCAAGCAACUAGAUGUGAAGAGUGGUCCACACUGAGACAGAUGUUUCCUUCUAAAGGCGUUCCAGAUCGAGUUAUCUCUCCACGAUGGGGAACUGGCUUACCUCUUGCGCCGAGGUUUCACCCAAAAAAUCAACAGCGAUUUCCACAUAUAAACAGCCCUAUGACACGAUAUGUAGAUGACAUGCAUCUCACAAACAGGCUCUUCAAGCUACACUGAGGCAUAAGCUGAUUUACCUGUACUUGAAAACAGUUAAAAUGUUGGUGACUAGCUGUUCCUCUAGUAAAAAACAGUAUCUAAUGGCAAUGUCUGGAGUGACUGAAAUAAUUUACACAACUAACUUAUAACAAGAAAGUUUUAUUUGAUAUUUUUCAUUCCAUUGUUUGUAAUAGGCAUGUUUUUUCACACAAAAUGCAAUAAAAUACUAAAAAUCAAGUUCA